AUGCCAAGCACCCAGCCUCUCCGCCAUGAGAAUAGUACCCCGGUCUAUAGAGAAAGCGAGGAACCUUCGAGCAUACCUUCAUCAGCCAAUUCCGUCUCCGAUAAAGAAAACCAUCUAGCAGAUUCUGUUCGCGCCAGGAAGAGCAUUCAAACUCAGGCUAUAUCCUCUUCGGGAGCGCACAUGUCAUCAUCAAACUCAUCGGGAAACAAGCGGCAAAGAUUAAUGAAUAGAGGAUCAAAUAUUCGGGAUAUUUCACAAUCUACACCCCGUGGAUCACAACGAAUGAAUGAGAAAGAUGUCUAUGAUCCAGACCAGGAUACCGAAGAGCGGAGAAGAGUCCGCAAAGGACUCAGAGAUCUUACAAGAGAGCUAUAUGACUCCCGCAGUGAGUAUUUGCAGGCCGGGAACAAUGGCUUAUACAGGACCGUCAGAAAGGCAAAUGAGUACUUCAACUUUGUCAAGCAGACUUCAGAUGCAACUAUCGAUUCACGCCUCUUGGUCAACGCAGCCGAUAUGUCCUACAAGAAAACCGCGCAAUUGGCUCUCGGUGAUUCCGCCGCGGGAAUUGACGUGGAUGAGUUUGUCUCUAAGUGUAUAUCGUACAUGAGGCGUGGAGUGGAAGACCCACAAGCGUUACCGGUAAUGGGUACCCAACAUCAUCGCCGGAGUACUAAUUUGAUCCCUACAUCGCAUGAGAACGCCGAAGAUAGCGACGAGGAUGCGGGCGAUGCGAUGAAUUGGGAUUGGCUCGGUCGUACAGCUUGUUUCCGUCACAAUUCUCGUCCAUCAGUUUCUGGCUUCCUCUUAGGGCCAUUGUCAGUACAAAAGCGCAGCCGUCAGCAGUCGCAGCGGCGAGCAAGAGAACGCAUCGACCCUUCUCGAGCAGUUGCUCCACAGGAAUUGGAGGAGAAAGAUCUUGAUCGGCAAGAGACCUCAAACCUUACUAGCAUGUGCUCAAGUAUAAACAAACUUUUGGCAAGAACGCAACGUGUGGCCGAGGAGAGAGUGAACGAGGAACUCUCCGGAAUACCACAAGAGGAUAUAACCGACGAGUUGUUGCACGAGGUGAUGGAUAAAUACCGUAUCGCUGAUGAUGGCGGUGUGCCUCUUUUCCAUUUCUGCAUCAAUCCAAGGUCUUUCGGACAGAGCGUGGAGAAUCUGUUCUAUAUCAGUUUCUUGGUCAGAGAUGGCACUGUUGGAAUCUCCACUGACAGUAAAGAGUUGCCGACGUUGCAUGCAGCCAAGCCCUAUGCGCCAAGCGAAGCCCGGAGAAAAGGGAUACAAAAACACCAAGCGGUUUUUAGCCUGGACUUCGACACUUGGAGGGAUUUGAUUGAAAUAUACGGCAUCAAGGAGUCUAUAAUCCCCCACCGUGAAGAGCAACCGCAAAUAAACAGGGCGCAGGGCUGGUACAGUUGA